AUGAAGGCUUAUUGGUAUGACAACAAACCAGGCGACCAGCGUGAACCCCAUGACUCCGGCCGCCCGGUGACGGUGGACUACCUCGCCUCCAUUGGAGUCCAGUACUAUCAUUUCCCCUCCCUCGAGUCUGUCAAUGAAUUGGCCAAGGAACGUGGGUACAAGAAUCGCGAUGAGAUUGUCGUUUCGCCACAGACGAUGGGUGAUGUGUACGAGGAGAAGGUGAAGAUGUUCUUCAAUGAGCAUCUGCACGAAGACGAGGAGAUCCGCUACAUCCGUGAUGGCGAGGGUUACUUUGACGUGCGUGGUCAGGAGGACGAAUGGGUUCGGAUCAAGUUGGCGAAGGAUGACUUGAUCAUUCUUCCCGCUGGUAUCUACCAUCGUUUUACCACAGAUGACAAGAAUUACGUCAAGGCUAUGCGCCUCUUCCAGGAAGAGCCUAAAUGGACCCCCUUGAACCGUGGCCCUGAUGUCGAUGAGAACUCUCAUCGGCAGUCUUACCUCCGCACGGUCCAGAACAAGGCCGUUGCUUAG